AUGGCGUACAGGAAGGUGUGUGAUGCUCAGGGUGGCCCGCUGGUCGGCGAGGUUCUGCAGUGUUCUGGAGCGCUGGCUCUAAAUUGGGACCUAGACAAGGAAGAGCUGCAAGACAUCGAUCCGGGCAUGGACCGCAUGCAGCUGCAACACAUUGAGCGGCAAAGGCCAGGGCGGUCGGACCCCAGUCCUGACCCUGACCCUGAGUGUAUGGAGCCCAUCCAGCCAUCCGUCUCUCCUCAUGGACGCUUCGAACGACUCCAGGAAGAUAUCUUCACCAGGUCCCCUGGCCAUAAGGGCCAAUGGAGGCUCCACUGUUUCAUGCUAAGGUACCUCUUGGCAGGGGUGGGGCUUUUUGGCUUGGGGCUCCUGAUUGGCAGGUUCACUUACACACCAACUGGUAAACCGCCAGUUCCUCAAUCAGAUGGUUCGGACCUCCUGGAGGACCUCCUGAGAGGAAUCACAGCAGACAAAAUAGAAGCUCUUCAGAGGUCCUUUGCCAGCCUUUCCGACAGCAGUGAAGAAGCCAGGGCAAGGUAUCUCUACAGGCAGUGGGUGGGACUCGGUUUGACCAAUGUCCGUCUGUCCAGUCACACGGUCCUGCUUAGCCUGCCUGGUCCUGCCUCCAACACCAUACUGGAUCAAUCGAGUCACCAGUGUUUCCUCCCCAACGGGAUCCCAUGUGACCAACGUGGUCAAAACGAGAUGCCGAACCAGCAGCGCUCCUAUGCGGCCUACUCUGCUGUUGGAAGUCUCAAGGGAGAGGUGGUGGAUGUCCAGUAUGGCCAAGCGGACGACUUGAGAAGAGCCAGAGAAACCAUGAAUCUCACCAACAAGAUAGCGCUGGUCAAACUGGGCAAAGCUCCCUUGCUCUAUAAGCUGUCCCUGCUGUCGGAUGUGGGUUUCGGUGGGGCUCUGCUUUACGUUGACCCCUGUGACAGCCCCCCCGACCGGCAUGUGUGGCACCAGAGCUUCAGAGUCGCACUCAACCCGGGAGGAGACCCUUCAACUCCAGGAUACCCCAGCAUCGCUAGAGAAGCCAACAGCCGUCUUUCAUUGCUGUUGGUCCAACCCAUCUCUGCAUCCCUGGCCAAGAGACUACUGUUCUACCCGUCCAAAAAUCGGGGUGACACCUGUACUCCUCUGGCCAUGCCUCCGAACACAGAGCGGAAGAAGGUCACGCUGAGCAUUGGGAACCGGCUAGCCUCUAAGAAGAUCUACAACGUUGUCGGAUACUUGAAAGGCAGAAGAAACCCAGAUCGCUAUGUGCUGGUUGGCAGUCAUCAUGACAGCGACCAGGGAGGUGGGGCCUCAGCCAUCAUGACUCAGCUUAUCGCUACAGUGACAGAGCAGACCAAACAAGGUUGGGCGCCAGAUCGCACAACUGUGUUUUGCUCCUGGGGAGCAUCGGGCCUUGGGAGUAUUGGCUCCUUUGAAUGGGGAGAGGAUAACAGCGUUGUCCUCCAGAGCAGUGCGGUGGCUUACGUCAGUCUCAAUUCUCCGGUCAGGGGCACAGAAACUCUCAGAGCUACGGCCUCACCCUCUCUUUUACAGCUCACUUCAGACAUACAAAAGAGACAGCUCCUCAGUUGUAUUCGUGGUGGGAACUGCCCCGGACCCAACGUCAGCUCACUGCAGCUGCCAGGUGACAUGAACUUCUUCGCCAACCGACUGGCUGUCCCGUCCAUGGAGUUUGCCUUUGAGCAGACCAAAGCAGAGGAGGCCACCAGCUUUCUGUCCGAGGCCCAGUUUCCCGCUGUGUCACCCGAGACAAUUGACCCGCUCUUCAAGUUCCACGAGACCAUUGCCAAGAUGACAGCAGAGGCCAUCUUCCGGCUGGUCUGCGACCCCGUGCUGCCCUUCUACCCUCUGGACAUUGCUCUGGACAUCCAAAACAAACUAAAAGACAACAGUGCAGCCUCCCCAGCCCUCUUGUCCUCAGCCUCCUCCUUCAGAGACAGAGCUGCUUUCUUUCAGUCGGAGACCAUGCGGCCUGCGAAUGACCCCAAAGAGCGUGACCCCGCCCACGUCCGCAUGCUGAACGACGUACUCCGUGACCUGGAGAAGAGCUUUGUCAUCCCUCAGCCCCCGCCUGGGGUGUAUAGGAACCUGUUAUACAGCCUUCCAGGAAAAACACCCAACUUCUCCAUCCUGCGCUUCCCGGCAGAGGUGCUGUGCCGCGGCGGUAAUGUGACCAGCGAAGCGGUCAGAGACGAUGCGGAGUGGCGGGAGGAGCUUCACCCGAGCUCGCUGAACCGCUCUUUGGCCCUCAUCCUCAAAGCCGUCCAGUCAGCCGAGCGCCUGGUCACCUUUGGUCUGGACCUGUUUGAGAACAGCUCAAGUGACAAAAAAUGA